CACCAUGUUUUGGGGGCGCCACUGACAUCGUCAAAGAGAAAGUGAGAGUCCACGCUGGUGAGCUCAGACUAGAMCACUGAGUCUGCAUUUUGGCAUAAAUGGACCGAUUACCAUAAUUUGCCUGCAGACAAUUACAGUUAAAUUGAUGAGACAGUCAGAAUGUUUAUCCCUGCCCAUCUGGAGGCGGUCGUGCCCUCUGGGUCUGAAUGGACCAUCUGUACUCCGUUUAUAAGCGCUGGCCCCUGAGCAGACUUUCACUUCACACCGAGGAGGUUUCACUUGUCGAAGUUUUACAACCCAGCCCUUCGUUCUCCUUCAGCUCGCGCUGCUUCCAUCCGAACAUCAUGGCUCGGACUUUGGGGCUGUUUGCCGGCUGCGCGCUGCUGGUUCUGCUGCGCGGCGGCGCGGCGAUGGACAGAKAUUACUACAUAGCGGCCGAAGAGGUCCUCUGGGAUUACGCACCGAGUGGAAAAAACCUGAUCAACGGGAAAACCAUCGAGGAGGACGAACAUGCCAGUAUAUAUCUAAAGAAUGGACCCCACCGUAUUGGCAGGGUCUAUAAGAAAGCUCUGUAUGUAGGGUACACCGAUGCUACCUUCAGAAAAAAGGCURCCCGGCCUGAUUGGCUGGGCUACCUGGGGCCCAUAAUACAAGCUGAGGUUGGCGACUUCAUCGUGAUUCGCUUUAAGAACCGUGCGAGCAGGCCCUACACCAUGCAUCCCCAUGGGGUCUUCUACACGAAGACCGCAGAAGGAGCAUUUUAUCCAGAUGGGACAUCAGCAAAUUUCAAGAAGGAUGACAUGGUUCCUCCAGGCAAAAGCUACACUUACCGCUGGGAGGUCAAACCAGAAUAUGCACCCACCAAUGAUGAUGCCAACUGCCUGACAUGGAUCUACCACUCCCACCUCGAGGCCCCGAAAGACAUUACCUCGGGACUCAUCGGGCCGCUCAUCACGUGCAAGAAAGGAACCUUGAAAAAGCGAGGCUUAAGCGGGGCUGAAGAGUAUGUCCGUGAUGACGUGGAUCAAGCUAUCCCCCUGUUCUUCACUGUGAUGGAUGAAAACAUAAGCUGGUAUCUAGAAGACAACAUCGAGUUAUGCACUGACCCAGCUGGGGUUGAUAAAAAUGAUCCAAGCUUUGUGGAGUCAAACAAGAUGCAUGUUAUUAAUGGGUACACUUUCGGUAAUCUGCCUGGAAUCGAGCUGUGCCAGCACCGCACUGUAGCCUGGUACAUGUUUGGCAUUGGUAAUGAGCCGGACGUCCACAGCGCCUCUUUCCACGGGAAUACUCUAAUGGACCGUGGKCACCGCACUAGCACCAUUAAUCUGUUUCCUGCAACAUUUAUCACGGCCUCCAUGGUCCCAAAAGUGAAAGGAAAGUGGCUGCUGAGCUGCCAGGUUAAUGACCACUACCAAGCCGGCAUGCAAGCCUUUUAUAAAGUGAAGUCGUGUGACACAAAGCCCCCCUCAUUAAAAUGUGGCGUUGUGAGGAAAUAUUAUUUGACAGCAGAAGAAGCCGUAUGGAACUACGCUCCAUCAGGAAGGGAUUUGAUCAACAACGUAUUGCUGACUGCACCCGGCAGUGCUUCAGAGGUGUUUUUCAGCAAAAUUGACGGACACAUCGGAGGCAWAUACAUGAAAGCGGCAUUCGUUGAAUACGAAGAUAAAACCUUCACCAUCCAAAAAAGAAGAACACCUGAAGAAAAACAUUUAGGAUUUUUGGGUCCCGUCAUGAAGGCAGAGGUGGGUGACACUCUCAAAGUGACUUUUAUGAACAAGGCAAGUAGAAGCUACAGCAUUCUCCCUCAUGGAGUUCAGUACGACAAACAGUACCAGGGAACCACCUAUGAUGAUGGGGCUACAAAGCCAGGCUCUCYUGUGGACCCUGGGAAACAGUUCACCUACAUUUGGCGCAUUUUGGAUGGCCCAUCUCCAUCCGAUCCUCCCUGCGUUUCUUACUUGUACUAUUCUGCCGUUGACCCUGUCAUGGACACCAACUCUGGACUGUUUGGACCUCUGCUCGUGUGUAAAAAAGGGGUGCUGGGGAAGGAUGACGUACAGGCAGGUAUUGACAAGGUGUUCUUCCUCCUUUUUGGCAUCAUCGAUGAAAACUUGAGCUGGUAUUUAGACAAGAACAUUGAGCUGUUUGGCAYCACUGAGACAAAUAAAGAAGAUGCAGCCUUUGUGGAAAGCAAUAAGAUGCAUGCUGUCAAUGGUUACAUGUAUGGGAACCUUUUUGGACUGGACAUGUGUGCCGGGGACAACGUUGUGUGGUACACCUUUGGGCUGGGCUCAGAACAAGACAUACAUGGCAUUUAUUUUGAGGGAAACACAUUUAAGAAGGACAGCACAACCAGAGACACAGUCAGCCUYUUUCCUCACACCUCAAAAACUUUCUCUAUGCAGCCAGCGACUCCAGAUGAGUUUGAGGUCAACUGCAGAACAACCGACCACUUCUCAGCUGGUAUGAGGCAACUUUACAGGGUGAAUUAUUGCCCUGGAAAAAAACCGCAAGUCUUUACGCCAUCCAAGACAGUGCAGUAUUUUAUCAGCGCCGAGGAAAUAGAAUGGGACUACUCCCCUAGUCGAGUCUGGGAGCUGGAGAGAUUCCAAACAACUGCAGAUAACAGUCCAGGCAAUAUAUAUGUGGGAAGUGCAAGUGACAGGAUCGGACCCAAGUAUAAGAAAGUUGUGUACAGAGGAUACACUGAUGACACCUUCACAGUUCAGAAGAAACAGCGCAACCAGGAGCACCUAGGGAUUCUAGGUCCAAUGAUUUAUGCAGAGGUUGGAGAUGAAAUUGUAAUUACAUUCAAAAACCAAGCCACUCGGUCGCAUUCUAUUAGCCCACAUGGAGUUAAGACCAGUGGUGCGCAUAUUGCUGUCCCACCAGGCCACAUCUUUAAGGCGACUUGGGAUGUUCCUGAGAGCUCUGGACCAGGGCCCACUGAUCCUAACUGCAUCUCCUAUGCCUACUACUCUACUGUUGACUUCGUCAAGGAUCUGAACAGCGGUCUUGUGGGGCCUCUGGUAAUAUGUAGACGUGGGACUUUGCAUCACGGCGGUGGGCCCGACAGACACAGGAGAGACAUGGAUGAGGAGUUUGCUCUGCUCUUUAUGAUAUUUGAUGAAAAUCAGUCCUGGUACAUAGACUACAACAUCAGACAUUACCUUAACCUCGACCCUACCACUUUUCAAAGAGAUGCAGACUUUAUUGAGAGUAACAAGAAGCAUGGAAUAAAUGGUAAGUUAUAUGGUAACCUUCAUGGACUAGUGAUGACGCAGGGCCAGAAAGUUGGCUGGUAUCUGAUGGGACUGGGCAACGAAGCAGACGUGCACACUGCUCACUUCCAUGCUGAGACUUUUACUUACAAGAUGGAUCGCAAGCAUCGUGGCGACGUCUUUGAUCUGUUCCCAGGGAUUUUCCAGGAAGUUGAGAUGGUUGUAGGAAACCCUGGAACAUGGUUUCUUCAUUGUCACCUCAAUGACCACAUCAUGGCUGGCAUGGAGACCACAUAUACCAUCAAAGAGAAAUCUUCAGAAGUUUUUCCUGCUGCAGGAUCAAGAAAGAAAUUAUCCUACGAGGCACUGAUACUUGGGCUACUGGCAGCUAAAAUGCACUAGUAGAAAAAGCUCUGAAAGUAGAAUGUAAUUGUGUUAAACCACAUCAAUGCACUACGACAAAAACCCAGGGACAUGUUCCUCUUGAUGCACAUGGUUUUCUUUAGAAUAUCAAGUAACAAACCAUCCAGUAUAAUAACAUCAAGGUCUGGUUGUGCAUAGUGAUUGUUUUACCGGGGUAGUUCUUAAAAGAAAAUGAACGCUUAAUGUGAUUUUAGUUCUUGCUGAUUAAACUGUGUUAAAAAAAUGAUUUUAUUUUUUGUAACAUUUGUUUCAAGAAAUUUGACAUUUGUUAUGAAUGUGCAAAAAGAAGUAUUUUUUACAUGUCAUGUGAUAUUUGUCCUCGGAGAGUUAUUUUGCCACUGUGAAGUCAAUUUUCUUUUAUAUACAAGUAUCACUUAACACCACAAGGUGGCAACAAUCCAGUAAGAAAACAAGUUGCCACAUGGACAGGUCACUUAUUUUCUUAUUUAUCACAACUAUUAGUAAAGUAAGAAAGCACUGUUCUGUUGUUUUUAAGUUUCUAUGAGGAUCUAUGAAUCAUCUUCAUCUCCACAUGGAGGCCAACAAUAUCUAAAGCUUUAAAAGAAGCAGAUUUUAUGGCAUUAUUUAUAAAAUGGACUCUGAAUCCACUCAUUGAGAUGUAUUCCUGUAUUUUUGAUCUAUUACUUGAAUAAAAGUAUUGUUACUACACUGUAAAA